AUGUAUGGCGAGCAAGCCAACAAGCUCGUCGUAGACGCGAAGCGCAUCCAGAGCCUGCCGCAGCUUCCUCCAUACGCCACUACAACGGUCCGGACGGUCACAAAAGAGGUCCGCGAUCUCGACCGCGACGCGACCAAUCUACUAGCUCCAUACAACGUGAAUUCUGGCGGCACCCAGGGAAGCGAUGGCACCCAGAUCAAGUCUUCUUUCAACCCGGCCGACGAUCCAGCAAUGGCAUGCGCCCUUCUGGUGAACCAGCUGUCUAUACGCCGAAACAAGCGUUGCCUCUUGGCAUAUCACAAAACUCGCACCGACAAACUCGAGGAAAUGUGUUGGGAAGGCCACGACAUCUCGAACUUGCAGCAAGCGUCGGUAGGAGCAUCCGCCGCUGGAAGAUCAAACGCGGCGACGAGCAGUCUAAGUGCUGAGGAGGAGCAGUAUGUUCAUCAGUACAGCGAUCUGCUUGCAGCGUACAAGGGCCAAUGGACCGACAUCGAUCUGACUGGGAGCUUGGAGCCACCUAAGGACAUCUUCAUCGACGUGAGAGUGCUGAAAGAUGCUGGCGAGAUCCAAACCGAGUACGGAUCAAUCAACCUGACCAAGAACAGUCAAUUCUACGUACGGCAAGGCGAUGUUGAGCGCCUCAUCCAACAAGGAUAUCUGCAACGCCUGAGCUGA